AUUGAUCCCUAUCAAGAGCAACCAUUUCUUCUUGACCCGCACUUGGAAAAUAUGGUUAAGCCAAUAAUUGAGCUACUCCGCGAUUAUAUCAGAUCGGUUAAUGCCCAUGAACGGAUAAUUUCAAAAAAUGCAGAAAAUUAUAAAGUUCAGGUGCCGGGAAAUGUAAAAAGAUUAUUUAUACUUAUGUAUUAUAUUAUGAAAAUUCGUGGAUUUAAAACAAUUGUUUCAGAUUUAGAACCGACUUUUUACUUCUUGGUCGCUUUGGAUCCUAAGGACUAUACUGAGUGGGAGACCAGAUAUGUAUUAUUGAUAUGGUUGUCACUUAUAUGUAUGAUACCGUUUGAUUUAAAAACUGUGGACAGUCUGGCCGUUGCAGGGGGAAAUAAGUUUCCUCUUGUUGAUCAUAUGAUUGAUCUGGCAAAGUUUUACCUAAAGGUGACUGGUAAAGAAAGGGAUGGUGCGGCAGUCCUUUUAUCGCGUUUGUUGACAAGGCGGGAUAUAGCUGAAAUAUAUCUCGCUGAUUACAUUCAAUGGGCGCAAGAUGAAGUUAGAAACAAUAAAGACGUGUUUACGAUCACAGGUAUUCUCACAUCCCUUUGCGCCAUAUACAAACUAGGGCAAAGGCAAACCUUAUUGCCAACCUUAGACAUUGCGUGGAAUUGCCUUUUCUCAUUUGAGGGCGACCAAAUAUUUUCUAAUAACACCCUCGUAAGGAAAAUGUUGGUCAAGUUGGCUCAAAGAUUUGGAUUAUGUUACCUAAGACCCAAAGUAGCUUCUUGGAGGUAUAAAAGAGGGAACAGAUCACUCAAAGAUAAUUUAGAGGGACCACUAAAUACUAAGAGAAUUGAUCCUUCAAAUGUUCAACAAUCUUUAAAGGAUGAUGUUGAGAAUGACGAAGAAAUUCCAGAUCAGAUUGAGGAAAUAGUCGAAAUAUUAUUGAACGGGUUGCGAAACAAAGAUACGGUGGUACGUUGGUCUGCUGCGAAAGGCUUGGGCCGUAUUGCACAACGAUUACCACAGGAACUUGCUGAUGAUAUCAUAGGAUCUUUGUUUGAGUUGUUUUCGGAAAAUACUUAUAUGCGUAAGGAUGUACUCGAGUUAUCAGCGGUUUCUGAUAACACUUGGCAUGGUGCGUGUUUGGCCGUUGCUGAAUUGGCCAGAAGGGGUUUAUUACUUCCCGAUCGAUUAUCAGAAGUUAUCCCGUGGGUUAGCAGGGCAUUGAAGUUUGACUUGAAACGCGGAUCUCAUUCAAUUGGAACCCAUGUUCGAGAUGCAGCGUGCUAUGUGUGCUGGUCAUUUGCUCGGGCUUAUGCGCCCGAAGUUCUUGCACCACACGUGGCGGAAUUGGCCAACAGUCUUGUUGUUGUUUCUUUAUUUGACCGCGAGGUCAAUGUCAGGCGUGCUAGUAGUGCAGCUUUCCAAGAGAAUGUUGGGAGGUUGGGCAUCUUCCCACAUGGUAUAGAGAUCAUCACCACGGCGGAUUAUUUUACUGUAGGCAAUAGGGCUAACGCGUUCCUUGAAAUAAGCGUAAAAAUUGCAGAAUUUGUAGAGUACAAGCACCAUAUCAUAGAUCAUCUCAGCACUGUAACAAUAUCAAAUUGGGACAAAACUAUACGAGUUUUAGGGUCAAAAGCUCUGCACAAUUUAACGCGCCUUGAUCUUGACUAUAUGAUCGGCAAGGUUCUUCCAUCUUUGAUACCUCAUGCGACAUCUCCCGACAUGCACACAAGACAUGGUGCAUUAUUAGCAAUCGGAGAAGUAUGCCUUGCAUGGUCUAAACUUCAGGGAACCGACAGAAGCUGGAUGGAAAAACACAGUUCAUUAAUUACGAGCAUAUCCAAUAUAAUCGGUUCUCUACCCAAAAGUUUGUUUACUGAUUUUGGCUCUGAGGUUACAGUUCAGGCGGCGGUUAGUCACAUUGCGUGUUUGGCCAAAGCGGGAUGGUCAGUAACAGAUGAGAUAAUGGAAACGUGGAAUAGAGUGGUGUACGACUUACUGUCUCGUAAGGAUGAAAAUGGACAGGAAAUUGCCGUGCAUGCAAUCGAGGCGCUUAUAGCUCAAUAUGGAAUAAAAAAAGAAGAGAUUCUCAAAUAUUCUUUUAUUAUCGCAAUUAUUCAUCACUGUGUUCCAUCGAAAAAUGUUUAUGCAAAAAGAGGUUACGUUCUUGCUCUGGGAGUGAUACAAUUUGAUAAAAUUCCGGAAUGUCUGGAACCAUCAGUUGAUACUUUGAUUAUGUCCUCUAAACUUCAGGAGACUAAAGUAUGGAAUGAUCCGGAAACUCGAAGGAAUGCACUAAUCUCAUUAAGUGUUAUCACUAGAAAUUUGGGCGAAUCAUUUAAAACUAUUUGCACAGAGGCAAUAUUUGAGGAAAUGCUCAAUGCAUUUUUCACCGGCUUAGAGGAUUAUAGCACUGAUUCUCGUGGCGAUAUUGGUUCUUGGGUUCGUGAAGCUAGUAUGAAUGGACUUUCCGUAUUUUGUCCGUUAAUAAGACAGUUAGACCGGAGUGAUCCUAAUAAAAAACAAUGGUGGUCAGAUGAGUUGAGCAAAAAGGUUUUUUGUAAACUUUUGAAACAAAGUGUAGAAAGAAUCGAUAAGAUUAGAUGUUGCGCCGGACGAGUGUUAAUAGAGUUAUUAUAUGCAAAAUCGGCAUCGAAUGGCGAUGAUUGGUUAUUCAAUGUGCCUGAUCGAGAAGUUUUGCAAGCUAUCCUGUCAAAGUACGGUGAUCUAUAUAUUUCUUUUUGUGACUGUGUUUUAAUGUCUGUUUAA